CAACGCUAACUUGAGGGAAAGGUGGGAACGGCUCUGCUAGGGAAGGUCGGAGAUCUGGGACGCCCUGGUUGGUGAAGAGCUCUGUCGAGGCCUCUGGGGCUUUGAGGUGGUGGGAUGGGUAGUGAGGCCAGAGAUCGGCCGGGAAGAAGGAAAAGAGGAAGUGUCGAUUUAUAACGGGAGCCCGGCGUCCUGGCCUGGGCUUUUUUCCGUUUAGAUUUCUGAUGAGAUUCUUUGCCUCCUUCUUCUGUGGCCUUCAGGCCCUUCUCCUGCCCUUCACUUAACUCCAUUAUGAAUCUUCUCCGCCCUCUCUAAUCUGUCUCCUUUCCCCUUAGCCCUCCGGAGCCAUGAGAAGCUUCAAAGGAGUCAACUUUGGAACUCUGUUAAGCAGCCCGAAGGAGGCUAGAGAGUUGCUUCCUGACUUGAAGGAGUUCCUCUCCAAACUUCCAGCCGGUUCUCCCAGCUGCAGAUUUGAUGCGGAGAGGAGACAAACUUGUGAUGCCAUCCUGAGGGCUUGCAACCAGCAGCUGACUGCCAAGCUGGCUUGCAGUAGGCACCUGGAGAGCCUGCUAGAGUUGGCAGAGCUGGCUUGCAAUGGCUACUUGGUGUCCAACCCCCAGGGGCCACCCCUCUACCUGGAACGAAUUCUCUUCAUCUUUCUACGGAAUGUCGCUGCACAGGGAAUCCCAGAGGCCACACUCCGACUCGCUCAGCCCCUCCAUGCCUGCUUGAUGCAGUGUUCUCGCCAAGCUGCUCCCCAAGACUAUGAGGCUGUUGCUCGGGGCAGCUUUUCUCUGCUUUGGAAAGGGGCAGAGACACUGACAGAGCCACGAGCUGCAUACUCAGCUCGACUGAAGGCCUUGAGCUUUCUAGUACUGCUAGAGGAUGAAAGUGUCCCUUGUGAGGUCCCCCACUUUGCUUCUCCAACAGCUUGCCGAGUGGUAGCUGCCCAUCAGCUAUUUGAUGCCAGUGGGCAUGGUUUGAGUGAAGCAGAUGCUGAUUUCCUAGAUGACCUGCUCUCUAAGCAUGUGAUUAGAGUCUUGGUGGGUGAGGAAGGGGACCCGCCUGGUCCUCUUUCUCCCCAGAGUGCCCUCUGUCUCUUAGAGCUCACCCUGGAACACUGCCGUCGCCUCUGCUGGAGCCACCUCCAUGCCAAGGCCACCAGGGCUGUGGAGAAGGCCCAUGAUUACCUAAGGAAUACCAGCCUGGCUCCCAGCCUCCAGAUAUGCCAGCUGGGGGUAAAACUGCUGCAAGACCAGGAGGGAGGGCCCCAGGCAGUGGCCAAGAUUCUGACCAAGGCAUCAGCUAUCCUGAACAGCAAUAUGGAGGCACCGUCACCCCCACUGCGAGCAUUGUAUGACAGCUGCCAGUUCCUCCUCUCAGGCCUGGAGCGGGGCACCAAGAGGCGCUGUGGACCUGAUGCUAUUCUGGGCCUCUUUGCUUUUCUUGGCGGGUACUGCUCCCUCAUUCGGCAGCUGCAGGAUGGUGUCUGUAGGGACUCCACCAAGCAACAGCAGUCUCUGGUUAAGAUGCAAUUUCAGGGACUUCAUCUCUAUACUGUGGUGGUUUAUGACUUUGCCCAAGGCUGUCAGGUGGCUGACUUGGCUGACCUGGCCCAGCUAGUGCAAAGUUGCAAAUCUAUUGUUUUCUGGAUGCUGGAGGCCUUACAGAGUCUGUCAGGCCAAGAGCUGACUGAUUACCUGACAAUGACUGCCUCUUACACCAGUAACUUGGCCUAUAGUUUCUAUAGUCACAAGCUUUAUGCCGAGGCCUGUGCCAUCUCCGAACCCUUCUGUCAGCGCCUGGGCUUGGCAAAGCCAGGCACCUACCCUGAAGUGCCUCCUGAGAAGUUGCACAGGUGCUUCCGGCUGCAUAUAGAGAGUUUGAAGAAACUGGGUAAACAGGCCCAUGGAUGCAAGAUGGUGACUUUGUGGCUGGCAGCCCUGCAGCCCUGUGGCCCCAAACACAUGGCUGAGCCAGUCACCUUCUGGGUCCGGGUUAAGAUGGAUGCAGCCAAAGCUGGAGACAAGGAGCUACAGCUGAGGACUCUGCGAGACAGCCUGAGCGGCUGGGACCCGGAGACCCUGUCUCUUCUGCUCAGAGAGGAGCUGCAGGCCUACAAGGCGGUGCGGGCCGAUACAGGGCAGGAACGGUUCAACGUCAUCUGUGACCUGCUGGAGCUGAGCUCCGAGGAGACACCAGCUGGGGCCUGGGCUCGAGCCACCCACCUGGUAGAAUUAGCUCAGGUGCUCUGCUACCAUGACUUUGCCCAGCAGACUGAGUGCUCUGCCCUGGAUGCUAUCCAUGAAGCUCUGCAGCUUCUGGAGUCUGUGAGGCCUGAGGUUCAGGCUGAAGAUCAGCUCCUGGAUGAUAAAGCACAGGCCCUGCUAUGGCUCUACAUCUGUACCCUGGAGGCCAAAAUGCAGGAAGGUAUUGAGCGAGAUCGGAGAGCCCAGGCCCCUAGUAACCUGGAGGAAUUUGAAGUCAAUGACCUGAACUAUGAAGAUAAACUCCAAGAAGAUCGUUUCCUAUACAGUAACAUUGCCUUCAACCUGGCUGCAGAUACUGCCCAGUCCAAAUGCCUGGACCAAGCCCUGGCCCUGUGGAGGGAAGUGCUUACAAAGGGGCAGGCCCCCACUGUGCGGUGUCUCCAGCAGACAGCAGCCUCACUGCAGAUCCUAGCAGCCCUCUAUCAGCUGCUGGCAAAGCCCCUGCAGGCUCUGGAGGUCCUCCUGCUUGUACGGAUCAUCUCCCAGAGACUGGAGGACCACGCGAAGGCAGCUGCCUCUUCCUGCCAUGUCACCCAGCUCCUGCUGACACUCGGUUGUCCCAGCUAUGCCCAGUUACACCUGGAAGAGGCAGAAUCAAGUCUGAAGCUUUUGGAUCAUACCACUGACACAUACCUACUCCUUUCCUUGACCUGUGACCUACUGAGAAGUCAGCUUUACUAUGCUUACCACAAGGUGACAGAGGGUGCCUCUCUGUUGCUGUCCGUGCUUCAGGAUGCUGCCCUUCAAAGGUCAUCCAAGGCCUGGUACUUGCUGCGUGUCCAGGCUCUGCAGCUGGUGGCAGUCUACCUUAGCCUCUCAUCAGACAGCCUCUCAGCCUCCUUGUGGGAGCAGCUCUGUGCCCAAGGCUGGCAGACACCUGAGACAGCGCUCAUCGACUCCCACAAGCUUCUCCGAAGCAUCAUCCUCCUGCUCAUGGGCAGUGAUGUGCUCUCGAUUAAAAAAGCAGCAGUGGAAACACCAUUUCUGGACUAUGGUGAAAAUCUGGUACAAAAAUGGCAGGUGCUUACAGAGGUGCUGAGUUGCUCUGAGAAGCUGGUCUCCCACCUGGGCUACCUGGGUAGUGUGAGUGAAGCCAAGGCCUUUUGCUUGGAGGCCCUGAAGCUUACAACGAAGUUACAGAUAACACGUCAGUGUGCCCUAUUCCUGGUGCUGAAGGGAGAGCUGGAGCUGGCACGCAAUGACAUUGACCUCUGUCAGUCGGACCUGCAGCAAGUUCUGUUCUUACUCGAGUCUUGCACAGAGUUUUGUGGACCAGCCCAGCACCCAGACACUGUGAAGAAAAUCCGCUUGCAGAAGGGGAAGCAGAAGGCCCAGGCCCCCUAUCCUCUAGAGCUCCCAGAGGAGGAGCUCUUCCUAAAAGGCCCUGUUUUGGAGCUGGUGGCCACUGUGACCAAGGAACCUGGCCCCAUAGCACCUUCUACUAACUCCUCCCCAGUCUUGAAAAUGAAGCCCCAACCCAGCCCCGGUUUCCUGACCCAUUUGCCAACCUGUGACUGCUCACUUUGUGCUAGCCCUGUCCUCUCGGCAGUCUGUCUACGCUGGGCGUUGGUCACAGCCGGGGUGAGACUGGCCACAGGCCAUCAGGCACAUGGUCUGAAUCUCCUGCAGGUUGUGCUGAAAGGUUGCCCUGCAGCCACUGAGCGUCUCGCCCAAGCUCUACAAGCUUCCCUGAAUCACAAAGUACCUCCCCACCCCAUCUUGAGCCUCUUCGAUGAGAUCUUGGCUCAGGCAUACACACAGCUGGCACAGGAGGGGCUGAGCCGGCCAUCAAACAGCCUAGAAAAGGUCCUGGAGUCAGGGCUGAAGUUUGUGGCAGUGCGGAUACCCCACCUGGAGCCCUGGCGAGCCAGCCUGCUCUUGAUUCAGGCCCUUGCAAAGCUGGCUGGCUUCAGCUCUUGCACUACCCAACUUUUUGCAAGCUCCUGGGGCUGGCAGCCACCAUCAGUAAAGAUCACCCCAGGCUCAGAGCCCUCUAAACUUCGGAACCAAAAACAUUCUAGACAAAGGCGCCAGCAGGCAGUCUCUGCUACCCUGCCCUUCCAUAAUAUCUCUCGGCAAGGUCUGGAAGGUGGAGGACCACCAUGUACACCUAAGCCCCCUGGCCGGCUUAGGCAGGCUGGCCCUCGUGUCCCUUUCACCGUGUUUGAGGAAGUAGUUCCUACAAAGAGCAAACCUGAGGUUCCCAAGGCCCCCAAGGUACAGCAGAGGGUCCAGACACGCCUGAAGGUGAACUUCAGUGAUGACAGUGACUUGGAGGACCCAGUUGAGGCACGGCUUGCAGAGGAGCCCAAGAGGCGAGGCACUGCUUCUCGGGGGCGAGGCCGGGGCCAGGCUAGGAAGGGCUCAAGCUUGAAGACUGAUGUGGCUGCCCUAGGUAGUGCCCCUGGACAGUCUGGCCUCAGUGUCAGGAGCCGGAGGGCUAAGAAGGUGGCAUCAGGAUAUUGUGAGGAGCUGGGCCCUGAGAUCAUGAGGACCAUCCCUGAGGAGGAACUUACUGACAACCAGAUGGAAAUGAGCUUUGAGAUCUUCAGGGGCUCUGAUGGGGAAGACUCAGCCUCAGAUGGGAAGAUACCAGCUCCAGGGCCUGACACAGCCAUAGGAGAAUGUGAGGUGUUGAGACGGGAUUCUAGCAAAGAGGAGCUGCCCAUCCCAUGCCCAAACAAGAAGAAAGACAAGGAUCUCGGUCCUCAGCUCCGAUGCCCCUCAGCCCCUAUAGCUGUUGGUGUCUCUAUCCUGGAUUCCAUCUGUGACUCACUGAGUGUUGCUUUCCGUGGAGUCAGUCACUGCCCUCCUAGUGGGCUGUACGCUUACCUCUGUCGCAUCCUGGCGUUGUGCCUGGGCCACCGGGAUCCCUAUGCCACUGCCUACCUUGUCACCGAGUCUGUCUCUGUCACCUGUCGCCACCAGCUGCUCACCCACCUUCACAGGCAGCUCAGCAAGGCCCAGAAGCACCGGUCACUUGAAAUAGCAGACCAGCUACAAGGGCUGAGCCUCCGGGAGAGGCCUGGAGAUUUCCCUCUCGCCCGCAUCCAGCACCUCUUUACCUUCAGGAUGUUGGGAUCUGGCCAUUUCCCCCAGCCUGAGAAGGAGCGUUUCCAAGAGUGCCUGGCUCUGAUCCCCAGUGGCAUAACUGUGUGUGUGUUGGCCCUGGCCACCCUCCAGCCCGGAACAGUAGGCAACACCCUCCUGCUGACCCGACUGGAAAAAGACAAUCCCCCAGUCACUGUGCAGAUCCCCACUGCUCAGAGCAAGCUUUCUCUGAGCUCGGCCCUGAAAGAGUUUGAUGCCAUCCAGAAGGAACAGAAAGAGAACAGCAGCUGUACUGACAAGCGAGAAUGGUGGACAGGACGGCUAGAACUGGACCAUAGGAUGGAGGUUCUCAUCACUUCCCUAGAGACAUAUGUGCUGGGCUGCUGGAGGGGGCUGUUGCUGCCAUUUAGUGAGGACCCAGGCCCUGCCCAGGAGGCCUCACACCUACAAGAGUUGCUGCAGGAAUGUGGCUGGAAAUAUCCGGACCCCACUCUGCUGAAAAUCAUGCUCAGUGCUGCCAAUACCCUCACCCCUCAAGACAUUCAGUCCCUAGCCUGUGGACUGUGCCCUACCCAGCCAGAGCGAGCCCAACAACUCCUGAGUGAAGCAGUAAGACGUCUACAGGGGAAGACAGUACCAAGCAAUAGGCACCUUGUUUUAGUGCUGGACAAGGACCUGCAGAAGCUGCCAUGGGAGAGCAUGCCCAGUCUCCGGGCACUGCCGGUCACUCGGCUGCCCUCCUUCCGUUUCCUACUCAGCUACGCCAUCAUCAAAGAGUCUGGGGUUUCGCCAGUGCUGAGCCAAGGGGUGGAUCCACACAGUACCUUCUACGUUCUGAACCCUCACAAUAACCUGUCAAGCACAGAGGAGCAAUUUCGAGCCAAUUUUAGCAGUGAAUCUGGCUGGAAAGGAGUGAUUGGGGAGGUGCCGAGCCCGGAACAGGUGCAGGAGGCCCUGACAGACCAUGAUUUAUAUAUCUACGCAGGACAUGGGGCUGGUGCCCGCUUCCUGGAUGGGCAGGCUGUCCUGCGGCUGAGUUGCCGGGCAGUGGCACUGCUGUUUGGCUGCAGCAGUGCAGCCCUGGCUGUGCAUGGAAACCUGGAGGGGGCUGGCAUCGUCCUCAAGUAUAUCAUGGCUGGCUGUCCCCUGUUUCUGGGUAACCUCUGGGAUGUGACUGACCGCGACAUUGACCGCUACACAGAGGCUCUGCUGCAGGGCUGGCUUGGAGCAGGGCCAGGAGCCCCUCUUCUCUACUAUGUCAACCAGGCUCGCCAGGCUCCCCGACUCAAGUAUCUUAUUGGAGCUGCACCUGUAGCCUAUGGCUUGCCUGUUUCCCUGCGGUGACCCCUUGGAGCUGUCCUGUCGAUGAUAGAAGCCAUGUGACUGUUCUACCUCCCAUACUUAGAUUUAACCCUCAGGAUAAAUAUUUU